AUGUCCCAACCCAACCCCCACCCAGACCCAAAGCUAAGGGUUAUAACCACUCAAGCCCCCGCCGCUCCUUCCCUCUCGCCUUCUCGCCAGACUCCCUUUUCACCGGGGACCUCUUCGACCGUCUUGCUCUUUUCCUGCACAAGCACAACACAGCCUUCACGUCAAUCGACUGUGUUGCUCGGGGCAUUGACAAAGCCACCGCUCUCGCCGACGGCCCCACUAUCUGCAUCUGUGUGCUUCAAGAUCGAGCCGAGACUGGGAAGGUGGAUGAUCGGAAUGGGAAAACGGUACAGCUCGGAGAAGACUGAGGUGCGGCGGGAAGUAUCUACCAUGGUUCCUCCAGGUGAACCUGCUGAGGCGAAAGGGGUGGGUAAACUAGAAGGAAGUAUGGAUGAGAGUGAGGUGGUCGACAGGGAGAAGGAAGUCGAGGAUACAAGAAAGGAAGAAAAUGGCGAACAGAAAAAAACGGAAAAAGAGGACUCUGUUGAGGGAGAUGCGGAACAACAACCCAGAGACCAUGACCAAAGCGAGGAUGUACCAAACUCUGAAAAGACGGAUGAAGGAGAUAUCUCCUCCGGCCAGAAGAGUGAACCCAUAAACUCAUACGGCAGAAACAUGGACAAAGUCCAAGAUGAAAGGCAAGAAAAGAAGACCGGAACGAAUGGAAGCGAUGUCCACAACACCCAGAGCAUGGCCAAAAUGCAUCUCGAAACCAAAACAGAAAGGAUGGAUAUAAAACAGGACAAGGUUUCCCAGCCACAAAGGAUAGAACAGAAUGCUAACACAUGCACUUCUGGGAUUGCUAGGCUCUUCUGUCAAUCAGACGUUGCUCUUACGAUCCCUCCUGAGAUAUUGACUGUCGAGUUCGUUAGUGUAAUCCUUCAUGAGGACGGUAGAGUUGAAACAUGA